CAUCGCAUGCGGGACAGCUCGGAAGCGCAAGACCGUAGGCUCACCGGAUAAGAAAACAGGGAAGAGGUUUGUCUGGCGACCGGCCACGCGUGUACGCAGGAGAAAAGGCGACAUGGCUCUCCUCCUGCCUUUUCUCUCCUUCCUUGUUCCCUCUUCUCCUCCUCCUCCCUCGACUCCUUCCAUCCCCAUGAAAGCUAACCUAUCAUUAAGGUUGCACCGGAAAGGCCUCCUCUUUCAAAGGAGGUCUUUAAGUGGAGUCAGAAUUCCUGCUACUUUUCCUUCUGGGGAGAAGAGGUCGCUGAUCACUCAUGCUUCCUUAGACGCUGAUGGAAAUGAUGGAAGUGAACUUGAAGUUCCGCCAUCAGAAGGGUCAGCAGAGGUCGUAUCAGUUGAGAACCUUCCUUUGGAGUCAAAAUUACAGAUGAUGCUCGAGCAGAAGCGGAAGAUGAAGCUGGCCAAGAAGAUAAGGCUUCGCAGGAAGAGGCUUCUACGAAAGCGGCGGAUGAGGAAGAAAGGCCGAUGGCCACCUUCGAAGAUGAAGAAGAACAAGAAUGUCUGAUCCAUGUUGGAUCACCUUGCAGGUUUAGAGCUACCUUUGCUUUUGCCUAUUUUGAUUCAAUAUGCUGUUUAUUGGCCCAAAACCAUGUAAAUCUUAAUGCGUUUUGCUUCAUAGUUUUUUGUUAAUGCUUCAAUUGAUGUGAUAGCUCUACCUCUGAGCAUUCUUAUUUGGUUCCAGAAUCAUAUUAUUAAAAAAUAGAAUGUGAUGAUAUUGGAUGACGUUAAUGUGCUAAUUUUUUG